GUUGAUCGUGAGCGCAGCGCAGUGAGAGCGCACAUCCCGUGGCACAUCCAUGAGCGCAGCCCGCCAUUGUGUGAUCGGCUCCGGACACAAACACUUCCCACAGUGACAGACGCUGCUCCCGCCGCCUCCAGCCAGGCCCAAACCCCGCACUCCGGCUCCGGGCGCACAGACAUGUCAGCCAGCGGCCUCGAGGAGCAGCUCCAGCGCGGACAUUUGUGAUCGCACCGAGGCCACACCAGAGCAGCGCGCCGCGGCUAACCGGAUAGCUUAGCUCCACAGCGGCUCUAGUGCAGUAGGCCUGACCACCUGCGAACGGACUGACUGCUCCAAACUAUCUUCAUCUUUUCUCCCCCUCCUCUCCUCUCAUAAAUCAAACCUUCAUGAAUCACCUGGACCCAAUCCAGAGACCGAAAGGCCAAGCAAACAAAGUGCAAAACGGAGCUGUGACCCAAAAGGAGACCUUGAAUGACGAUGAGUUUGAGCCUUACCUGAACACUCAGGCCCGACAGAGCAAUGCCUAUACGGCCAUGUCAGACUCGUACAUGCCCAGCUACUACAGCCCCUCCAUUGGAUUCUCCUACUCCCUGAACGAGGCAGCAUGGUCCACGGGCGGAGACCCUCCCAUGCCUUACCUGGCCUCCUAUGGACAGCUGAGCAACGGGGAGCCCCACUACCUCCCAGACGCCAUGUUUGGUCAGCCGGGUCCUCUCGGGAGCAACCCUUUCCUGGGCCAGCACGGCUUCAACUUCUUCCCCAGCGGCAUCGACUUCUCUGCGUGGGGCAGCAGCAGCUCUCAGGGACAGUCGGGCACGCCGCAGAGCUCCGGCUACAGCAGCAACUACGCCUACGCCCCCAGCUCCCUAGGAGGCGCUAUGAUCGACGGACAGUCCCCGUUUGCUCCGGCCAACGAGCCUCUGAACAAGGCGCCCGGAAUGAACAGCCUGGACCAGAGCAUGGCCGGACUGAAGAUCGGCAGCACGGCUCCGGGGGGAAACGGGGACAUUGCUCCUAAAGUGGUUGGCUCCGCUUUACCCGGUGGGGGCCCCUUGGGUCCUGUGUCCUCUGUGGGGCCCCCCAGCAUGCCUCCCGUGUCUAUAGCUCCUGCCAAGCCCGCCUCCUGGGCAGACAUUGCCAGCAAACCAGCCAAGCCUCAGCCCAAGCUGAAAACCAAGGGCGGCAUGGCCGGCGCCAACCUGCCUCCUCCGCCCAUUAAACACAACAUGGACAUCGGCACGUGGGACAACAAAGGCAGCAUGCCCAAGGCUGCCACGCCUCAGCAGGUGCCUCAAGCCCCCACCAACGGGCAGCCACCUAACCAGGCGUCCCCCCAGCCCGGCGCUACUGCUGCCGGGACUCCCCAGCUGCCCCUUAGCAACGGGCAGCUGGUGCCACCCGUGUCCCAGAUGGGUCAGCUGCAGGCGGGUCAGCCUGCCAUGGCUCCUCUGGCACAGCCUCUGUCCCAGGGUCCCCCUCCCCCCAGCCAACAACAGCCCUCUCAGCCCACCCGCUGGAUCCCCCCUCGGAACCGCACCAACGGCUUCGGGGAGGCCGGCGGGAGCGGGUCGGGCCAGUCCCCCCCCUCCUCCGCCGGAGUGCCCGUGGUCCCAGGUGUCCCUUCUGAACCUCACCCCGUCUUAGAGAAGCUGCGAAUGGUAAAUAACUACAAUCCCAAGGACUUUGACUGGAACCCCAAACAAGGACGCGUGUUCAUCAUCAAGAGCUACUCUGAGGACGACAUCCACCGCUCCAUCAAGUACAACAUCUGGUGCAGCACGGAGCACGGCAACAAGCGCCUGGACGCGGCCUACCGCUCUCUGGGGGGCAAGGGCCCGCUCUAUUUGCUCUUCAGCGUCAACGGCAGCGGGCACUUCUGUGGCGUGGCGGAGAUGCGCUCUCCCGUGGACUACAACACGUCAGCGGGCGUGUGGGCGCAGGACAAGUGGAAGGGCCGCUUUGACGUGCGCUGGAUCUUUGUAAAGGACGUUCCCAACAGUCAGCUGAGGCACAUCCGGCUGGAGAACAAUGAAAACAAGCCCGUCACCAACUCCAGGGACACACAGGAGGUGCCCCUGGACAAGGCCCGGCAGGUGCUCAAGAUCAUGGCAGCCUACAAGCACACCACCUCCAUCUUUGACGACUUCUCCCACUACGAGAAACGCCAGGAGGAGGAGGAGUGUGUCAAAAAGGUGGAGGUCCAGGGCAGCGAGCCAUAUCCCAGCAACCCCAGCAGCCGGAGUCAUUACAGGAUCCAGGAGCGCCAGGGACGGGUCAAGUAGGCGUUCUAAAGACUGCUACGGCCUAAAGCCCAACCACCUUUCUCUGCUGAUCUCUAAUUCUACUAGGGGUGAUGAACUAACACGGACAACAAACUAAAUGAAGACUUUCUUGAUUUCUUUUGACUUUAAAGACUUACUUCGAACUUGUAGUAAAAAGAAAAAGGAAACAAAUAUUCAUAGGACUACAACUUAAUGCAUAGCGCCCUUAGGUGAACUCUUUUUUUUUUUUUUUUUUUUUUUUGCCCCACCCCAUUCCACUACAUAUGCUUUCUCCCUCAUAUGCUGCUUUCCUUUUUUUAAGAGGAUCAUUUUCUGUUUUUAUGGUCCAAGAGCCAGUCUCUUAAUUCUCUCCAACCACACAAAUCCAACAGAAAUGUUUCACGUUGGCUUCUAAUGUUUUCCAAAGUGAAGAAUGGGCGCUUUGUCUCUUUUUCUGAGUUCCCCUUUGACCCCCAUGCCUCUGUGGAGAAGCCUGUGCGGACUGGACUGUACCGGUGGAGACUCCAGGGGGCGCUCCAGCUCUGCGUCGCUCGCCACCGUUUUCUGUUUUGAGAGGACUGCUCCUGCUCAUCGGCCUCGUAUUGUUUUUUUUUUUUUUUUGACUGGAUGCAAUAGGGAAGGUAGUGUCUGGGGGUUGUCGAAAUGGGUUGAAAUGUUUAAGUUGAUCAUUUUACUGUCUGGAAAAAAAAAACAAAAAAACAUCAGACUUUAUUUCUAUGUCUCUCCCCCCCGGACGAACCCGACGCUACGGGCUGCUCUUUUGUUUCUCUUUUCCUGCGUUUUUCUAAAGACAGUGAUCGGAGUGGCUUUGCCCCCACUCGUUUCAUGAAUCAGUUCAAAGGUAAUAAAUGUGAUAUAUUGAGCAGAAGCGUGUGCAUUCCCCUGGUUUGUAAAACAUCGGACCCUUUCCUUUCUUGAGUUUCUGAUCGAGCCCGAACCCGUCCACACACACAAACAAACACACACGCCUCGCUAACAUGUGUGCACUCGGCAGAACCACCACGCGCGGUCACCCUCUCUCACACGCCAUGUCUCUGUCCGUGAGUCCAAAUGCAAGCUCCUCUUUCAGAACUACUGGCUUUGAUUUGUGGCAGAAUAAAGAUGCUCCACAAAGAUCACGUGUGGCCUGUUCCUCGCAUCUCAGACGAACGGAUUCAACGCACGCACCAGAUUUUUCAAUGCAUGCUUUAGCUUUAAUAUACAAUGUUAAAUGUACCUACUUUUAAGCAUGUUCCAUCGCCAAAGACGAGCUUAAAGUUGUUUUUUUAGCUUCAUUCUCACUGGUUUCAAUGUGGACUUCGUUAUAAGUAGAAAUAUUUCCAUUUUAAGUCCAUAAAUUGACACUUUUUUGAGCUUUCUCAGGCAUAACAAUCUCACUUUUUGGAGAAAUUUGCAGCAGUGUGACCCACAUCAGUGAUUCCCAAACUUUUUUUCUGGGAACUCAUAUUUUAAAAGUGACAAACCUUCGCCAUCCAAGUCCAUAGACAUUAUUCGUAAAUCACAAAAUAAAGGUGAAUUAUUGAACAUUAUUGAGGAUAUUUUAUUGUUGACUGAGUGAUCGUGUGUCUGAACAAUUAGUUUUACUCCAGUUUUAAACUAUGAAAAACAGGAAUAAAAAGAUCCAUACGUUGA